AUGACCACGGCUGUCGCACCGAAGGGAUUCCUGUCGUUGGCCCUCAUGUGGACCACCUGGGCAAAUACAACAACAGUUCUCGAGUCUCGCCAGUUCGUGAAGUAUGGACAUGGACAUGGCAUGGGCCCAUUAGGAUUGGAAUCCGCGCGAAUUCUGACAGGACAGGGAUCCACUCGUGGCAUGCCAGUCGGAAAAAUCACCAAACCCCUCUCUUCUCUCUGA